AUUUCUGCUAUACCACAACAUUGUAUUCUACCUCAAAUAAUUCGACUAGCUGUCGAACCAUGAGUACACCAAUUUCCUUCAUCUUUACCAUCUUUUCCAUGAAAACGUUGACACCCUCCGCUUUCCUGAGUGGAGAGCAAACUGAAUGGAUGAAUGAUGUCACCUGCAGACAAAACUCACGUAGGCCAGCCUGACGUCGACACGUGAAUCACCAUCAAACUCUGUGGCUUCCACGAUCAAGCUCAAACGACGAUUCCUGUAACUGAGUCAUCUUCCCGACUCUCCUUCGGAACAGCCCUGAACUUGUUGAUAGCCAUCAAUGCUACCACCACUACACAGCGGCAGCGGCUAAUGAUUUGCGAGCUAUUGGUACCAAAAUGUCUUUGCUUUCUCUAGAGAUAUCCUAGACAAUAUCCUCCUGCGGUCUUGUUGUUGGGAAUUUUCGGAACGAUGGAUGGCUUAAGCUUGUAGUCAACAAGCUUUGUGAGCGGAAGCUAAAUCUUUCUACAUUAUCAUAUCUGAGGAUGAUGGAGAUGGGAGCAACCAUAUAUCUACGUCAAGCUGUAUUCCAACUACCUGAAUAUAACGGACAGAGAAUGCAAUUCUCCUCGAGACAUAACCGUCAAACUUACAUCCCUACAUCAAUUCGUUUAGGAACAUCCAACACCAUCUUGCAACAAUCUCACUUUUAACCCGGGCAGUAGGAGAAAAUAUAUCAUAAUGUAUAAUCAUUGUCAUUAUGAUCACAUCCCUGGUCUUCCUGAGUUUCGAUCGUCAAAACCUACCAUUUGGGCAUCAAAUAAUGGUAAAUAUUUCAUUCUAGGAGACCUACCAAUGAACUCUCUCUGCAAAUACAUGAAUUCAUCGACCGUAAAUUACGAUUUGUCGCAUUGGGAUCGUCAAGUAGAGUGCUUCUAGAUACUCAAUAACCACUUUCGCAUCCAGUUCAUAAAAGUUCCAUGCGUAAGCUUGCUCAACUUCAUAUCGCACUCCUGACAUUCAGCUUUCUUUUGAUGUUUUAUGUAGCGCAUCCUCUUAACUUUUCAUCUUUUUCCGAUUCUUCCUUGAUAGGCAAUUGCUGAUUCCCUGGUGUUAGCAUACACCUGACUAUCUUGCCUGGUAUGAUACCGGAGAACGAACAUUACUUGUUUGUUGGGAACACUUUCUACACAAGACGCAGAGAUCCGGCCAUAUCCGAGCUUCCAGAUACGGCAGGUCAAAAGCCUCACCUGCUCUCUAGACAAGUCGCAAAAGUUUUCCCGGAGGGAGGCAACUGGAUCCAAUAUAUGACAUCGCUUAAAUUAAGCUCAUCUUUCACCAAACGUGGAAAUUCAGAUCCCAGUCUACUACAUAGAUCGAGAGGGAGAGCGGCACUAAGAGUACGACUUGGUUGUGGCCAUUUGGAAUAUGCAGUGGAUGCUCAAGAGAUAGUUCUCGGAGUACAAGCUUUAUUUUGGAGAAUAAUUACAGGCAAGGUUCCAGUGAAAGAGACUGACGUAAAAGAGGGGUAAUACAUGACUAUUGACUGAAUAAUGACGAGUCUAGGUACGGAGUUAUGGCACCUAAACAUCUUGCCGAGGAGGCGAGACUACACUUUUCGACCUGAACAAUGAGUACCUCGCGAAGUAUUGGCUUUUCAGCCUCAUUUGUCUUGGUACGUCAGCCAUUACAAGGGCAGUUAUCUAGCUGCAGAAUACGCUACUUCAAUUCGCGAUCCAUGCAAGCCAUCAACCUUGAAACAUCUUUCUCCUUGACCGCUACAAUGCAUGCAAUUUCAAGGAAUAAGUUGACAUACAAAUGCAUUUGACAUUGACAUAUAUGCAUCGCAGAAACACGUGCUUUAUCCCCCUUUUGUACUCACUUGAUAGGCAAAUGA